UGCAUUUGUUUUGCAGGGUCCCAAAUCAGAAUGUAAGAAGUUCAGAUAUGGUGUUCCAGAGUACAUGGACCAUCUUGAGGAGAUAUUCCAUGAGGUUGUAGUAGAUGGGUCUACCUCCUUCAUACCAGGAGAAGAAGAUGAAGAACCUGAAGAAGAAGAUGAAGAACCUGAAGAAGAAGAUGAAGAGCUUCCUGGAGAGCAGGGGUUCCCUGCUGAUUAUGAUGACAGCCCUGGUAGUACUAAUAGCAGAAAGAGGCUUAGUAGCAACAGCACUAGGUCCACUGCCUCAAGUCCUGGAAAGAAGUCCAAGAGUCCUAUGGUUCAGGUUAUGGACAAGAUGUUGAAUAAAUGGGCUGAGUCUGAUUCUAGGCACCAGAAGAUACUGAAGAAGAAGGUGGAUGUCAAAGCUAGCAAGGAGAUGCAGGAAAGAGCAGAGUUGAAGAAGUGUCAACAAUUGGCCAUAGAAUGUGGUGCUGCAGCUGAUAGUGUAGAGUACUAUGCUUGCCUGAGCAUUUUUAAAGAUGGAUUGCACAGGGAGUUCUUCUGCAAUAUCCCAAGUCCUGAAGCUAGGCUGGUUUUCCUGAAGAGAUGGUGCGAGGAACACAAUAUGUACUAGUUUAGGGCCUGUUGAACUAAGAUGUUUGCUAGUUUAGGGCCUGUUGAAGAGACAGGUCUAAGAGAUGUUUGCUAGUGUGUUUGAAAUGAGACUGAUUGCACUGAGUUGGUCCAACUGAGUUGUUUGAACUGUGAACCAUGUUGUUUGAAUCAAAUUAGUAGUUGGUUGAAUUGAGUAUCUGUUGAACUGUGAACCAUGUUGUUUGAAUAAAAUAAGUAGUUGGUUGAACUGAGUUGUUUGAACUGUGUCUGAUAUGCAAACCUAAAUGAGUACUAACCUUUUGCAUUGUUUAUGAUUUAGGAUGCUAGUUCUUCAACUGAGUUGUCAAGUGAUGAUGAGGAUAAUCAUAUUAUGGAAGAAUCAUCUAGUGAAGAUGAAACUAUGGAGCUCAUAUUGCACUGUCGUAAGAGGAAUCGGGAGUUCGUCCAAAUGAUGUUAACACUCGGUAUGUACUACGAAUCUUACAUACACAAAGCUCCAAGGAGGGUUGCAUCAGUGACGGGCAUUGAAUGGGUAACAGAAACAUUAUCAAAUCCGACCUCUUGUUAUAACAUGUUUAGGAUGAGUUGCCCAUUAUUUAAUCAACUUCAUGAUCUAUUAGUUGACUCAUAUGGUUUGAGAGCCACUCGAGAUAUGUCAACAGUGGAGGCCUUAGGAAUGUUCCUAUGGAUAUUAGGUGCACCGCAGUCACUUAGGCAAGUUGAGGAUCGAUUUGUGAGGUCGUUGGAGACAAUAAGCCGUACGUUCGACAAAGUGUUAGGCACUGUUCUUAAGCUAGCAGUACAUAAUAUUAGGCCACAGGACCCUGAAUUUAAGACGGUGCACAAGAGAUUACUCAACCCUCGGUUUGCUCCGUAUUUCAACAACUGUAUUGGAGCUAUUGAUGGGACACACGUUCCAGUCGUGGUGCCAAGUGAAAAGGUCAUGCAAUAUACAAACAGGCACGGGUAUACCUCACAGAAUGUGUUAGCUAUUUGUGACUUCGACAUGAGGUUUACAUUUGUUGUUAGUGGAUGGCCAGGAUCGGUCCAUGAUAUGAGAGUGUUCAGUGAUGCCAUAGAAAAAUACGGUGACAAGUUUCCACAUCCUCCUACAGGCAAGUUUUACCUUGUUGAUUCGGGGUAUCCAAACCGUCCCGGUUACCUAUCACCUUACAAGGGUACGAAGUACCAUCUACCGGAGUUUCGUAAUGGUCCAAUGCCCAGAGGUAUGCAAGAGACCUUUAAUUAUGCACAUUCAUCCCUUAGAAAUGUUAUCGAGAGGUCAUUCGGAGUUUUGAAGAUGAAGUGGAGGAUACUGAUGGGUAUACCAAGUUUUCCAAUGCACAAGCAAAGCAAAAUUAUUGUGGCUUGCAUGGCAAUUCACAAUUUUAUCCGAGAGAAUAGUGUUGCCGAUAGGGAAUUUGAUUUGUACGAUUGUGAUGAAAAUGGUGUCCCAAUGCCCGGAACUUCAAACCGCGGAGGAGGUGAGACAAGUACCCAAGUAGAAGAAGAAGAUAGCAACAUGAAUGCAUUUCGAGAUGAAAUAGCUCAUGCCUUGUACAAUAGGUCUAGAUAAAUUGAUUUCAAUGUUGUAAUGAUAAUGUAUUUGUAGUUUAAUUUUGGAGUUGUUGGACAUUGUAAUAGACAUAAAAUUCCCUUCUUA